AUGAAGUUCACACUCCCAGAAGAUACGAUCCCCAACGUGAAGCUAUCUAAGACACUUCGAGCUGCGUUGGUUCGCGAAGCAGAGACUGUUGUACGCGAAACAAUCCAUGCGAAUGAAGCUUUCCUUGAAAAUGGCUCUCGCUUUCCUACUUCCGACUGGCGAUUCGUGCGAGCAAAGCAAGGAUUGAACGUGUAUUGCCAGCGAUCAGGGCCAACUGGAAGCUCUUACUCGCGGAAAACUGGGCUGGUUUCUCCCAUUUCUCCCACUAUACCAGCGCGAACGCCAUCGUUGUCGUUAUCUCACCCGAUUGCAACUGAGAAGUCGAAGCGAAGAGGGAAAUCCCUCAUGGUUCUGCAUGGGGCUAUCGAUGGAAAUCUCGACGACUGUAUGUUCGGCUCGCUUGCCACUACUGAGGAGACGUGGAGAUGGAGAAGUUCGUACGUUUACGAGGGACUUGACGAGGCUCGGCUUCUUUGUACCCUCAAAGGACCGACUGCCGAAGACCCUUUUCGUUUCCUGGGUCUCAAAUGGUUCACUAAGGAACUCCCUUCUGUACUGUCGGGUAUUAUGCAACAGCGAGAUUUCCUGAUCAUCGAGGCUACGGGACUCACGCUCGACUCAAACGGAGAGAGAGUUGGCUACUUUUUAAUGCACUCUGUCUCCCUCCCUGGAAUUGUCCCCGAAUUUCCUCAAUUAGGCUUAAUGAGGGAAGAGAUCAGUGCGUGCUACAUCGAUCGACAACUCGGCGCGAAUCAAGUGGAAAUGUACUGCCGCAGCUUCCUGAAUCCACGCGGAAAGCCACUUAACCGCCUGACUGCAGUUAUCGCCGCUGAAGCUCUUCUAAGUGCGAUUAGUAUCAUCGACUAUGCGUACAUCAGGAAACUCACGUGGCUGGUUAAGAACAACCAGGAGCGAAUGUCAGCGAGACGCUGUCGAACUCGGCGUCAAAGUGGCGCUUUCCCUCGCUCCAGGCGCUGUCAGAUGUGCGAUAAAAGCUUCAGCAGACUCGCGCUGAAUGUAGGCGCCGAGUGCCAGAUCUGUCGUGGAUUGGUCUGUAAAAACUGCUACGUUGUGAAGAAAAUGACGGUGGAUUUUUCGACAAGAGGGGCUGUUAAACAGUGCGCUGUACGCGUUUGUGUGUGCUGUCUUCUCGAAGCGAAGGAGAAGUCUGUUUGGGAGAUGGCACUGGAUGGUGUCAGUGAAACGCGAUCAGAAGCUUCGUCCAGUGUGGCCUCGGGCCAAAGGAGAUACACGUUUUCAAGGCUUGAAUAAGGUCAGUUGUUCCUAAUUUUCCCUGCAAUUCAUACCUAUACCUUUCUUUAAAAC